CCGCCGUGGCCGGUAGCCCUGGCAACUUCGUGUCAUCGAGCUAGUAAAGCUUAUGUUAGCAUAUGGAGUAAAGUAACCCAUAUUUGAACGACACAGCGCCACAGCCUGCCGCGCUUGGUCGCGGUAAGGCUGGCGCAUCCUGGCUUCUCCCUAUGGCUGAAGUUCAACGACGCGCUAACAUAAAAGCGACGGAUUCCAUCAACCAUCAACUCGUAGCCCUAGGACUUCGCGCGCCUCUUCAUACUGUACUUGGCUGCCUCUCCUUCAAUAGAAGAGGAAUCAAGCUCGCGUGUGCUGCAGAAAUGCUGUCGCCCAACCACCAACUCCUCGGUGGCUACGCCAGCGGGCGGCCCCACUCCUUUGCUGGUGCGGGUCCAAGCAAGGCACGCAAACCCCAGUUUAAGCUGGGCGCGUCGGCGCUGACCUUGAACUGAACACUCCCGGUGAGAGAGGACCAAGCGCUUGCUUUGUCGCACUGCAAAGGGUGCAUGCAUGGUUGGGGCUUUUUUUUACAGUCCCGCGUUGCUCCAGCAGGCCGCUUGCAAACUCGUGCCCCCUCGUUGUCACCGUGCGUGCAGGACCGCGAUGGUCUGGGCGAGCAACCCAAACCUUUGGGACAAGCCAUAUGUAACGAACUGUAUCACCGACAAUGAUCGAUGCUGAAGGCUGAUGCUACUGCUGUUACUACCAUAAACUGCUGCGGCCACACCCACCCCUACUUGCGGCUGCCGGUGGUGCCGCCGCCGCUCACGCUGCGGUUGCUGCUGCCUCCGCCCUAGAUGGAGUGUUGUGGGCGAGGCAAUCCGCUGGGUGCGGAAUUCGUCCUUUUGUAGUCAAGGUCUUCUUGUUUGCAUACAAUAAAACUGACAAGCUCUUGCGCAGUACUGUGCAAUGGACAGUCACAGGCUGUCUUGGCCCGGAAGAUACAAGCGUUGCGAGAGUUCCGCCGUUCCUUCGUUUUAGCUGGGCGCGGGUUUCGUUUGUGUGGGUGUCGCGUCAGGAGAUGGCGAGGGAGAGAGGCCGUGUGCUAAUGCGCGCUGCUCCGUCGGGCCCAGGCUUGUUGUAGCCAAGAUCGUGUGCGAGGUCUGUGUUGCUCCUCGUGAGCGCUGUGGGUGCUUCUAGUCAGGUACAGGUAUAGGGUUGCAUUUGGGUCAAGAGAAUUGCAAGCGGGUUGCAUGGCGUGUGGACGCCGGUGUCAUGUGGGCCACGAUGGGGGCGCCAGCUGGGAGCACAUAUCAGUAAGCACAGCGCACACGGUGGUUGCAGUGAUUGGCCGUGACGACAGGCCACCACACAAACGUUGCCUGUCCGCAACCGGUUGGUUGCAAGGCGCCGUCAUGUUGCUUGCUCUGGUGUUUGCUCUAGUUGCAUGCUGGCGGCUGGUGUCUUGAAAACACGCCAGUUGAAUCCGAAUAAGUACGAAGUUUAUUUGGGCAAAGUACAGGAUGCAAGUGUGUGUGAUAUGUAUGGGAGGUGUACGUGUUGACUCAGGUUGACAUGGUUUGUUGCGUUUACUUCCGUGUGUGUUGGUGGUGGGAGUGAUGUUGUGCGUGCAGUGUGGCGGGUACGUAGCUCAAUCAUUAUCAUUUAUCAACGUAGGAAGACUCGAGCGCUGCUGUGCUUGUCUUACCGUAAUACUUACCCUAGAGAAGUAAGCGCCUGUGCAGUUUUGGUUCGUGAGGGGGCGCUAGAUGUGGACCGCAUCGGGCGUUGAUCUUUUGCGACGCUCAGCAAUGAGUGGCGGUGGCGUUAGAUGCGGUGAUCCGAGGACCCGGGAGACCGCUUCAGGUGCUCGCCCUUUGCCCGUUGACCAGGGGACCGGGUGCAAACGCAGACCUCGUGGGGGCUGUUUAUGGUGUUGAUGCGUGGGCGUAUGAUGUUGGGGGUUUUGCCAGUCGUCAGGGCCUCCGGAUAGGCUAAAGGGUCCAGGCACGGUUUGCUCGGGUGCGGGGGCCGGCCGGCGGGUGUACCUAAAGUGCUAGGGGCGACGGACUGUGGGUGUGAGUGCCUGCAUUGCAGCACGCUGGCUGGGUGGUGGUAAUGGUGUGCACUGACGGGGGUGGGCUGUGGGGCGGGGGUGGCUGCAGCGGCACAGUGGGAGCUACGAUGUAACAGAUGGCUCAU